CCCUUAUUUCCGUGUGGAACUAUUGUUUGUGUCAUUUGUGUUAGAGGGACUGUUUCAGGUGCAACACAGACCUGUCAGUGCCAAAUGUUACUAGCCUACAGCACCAGCUCGUUGUUAAAGACAGCAGCCAGCAGGGUAUCGUUUGUUCCGCAUUUGUCGUCAGAAAGAUUUUCUCAAUGGAAUGACAGAUUCGAGCAAACGUGAAUCGGGUGGCUUUACAGGCAGGGAACCGGUUGAGCAGGUAGAGCCUCACGCAGCGGAUGAUUUAAAGCUGAAACAUGGCGAGGUUCAUGAGUAGACUAUGGUGUAAGGUGGAGUCAUCCGGUCGUCAUCUGCCUAUCUUUCUGAACGCCGUGCUGGUGUUCUCCAUCACUGCCGAGGUCAGUUACCUGGUGCUGGUGGAGGCUCCCCUUGAGCCAGAACAGAAGAAGGCUGAGUGGUCCAGCAUGUGGAAGGCCAUGCAUCUCUUCGCUCAGUACUUCAUGUUGGGAAAUAUAACUUGGAAUGCAUCGUUGUUUGUCAAAACUAACCCAAGUAUUCGCGGAGUGUUUCUCGGAGGGGAUGCAUUGGGUCAAGGGUGGAGGUAUUGUUACAACUGUGAGACACACACUCCUCCACGAUGCUCACACUGCUAUGACUGCAACGUGUGUGUACUGCGGCGUGAUCACCACUGUGUGUUUUUUGGCCAGUGUGUCGGUUUCCGCAAUUACCGGUAUUUCCUGACCUGUCUGCUCUUCAUGUGGGCAGGGCUGCUCUAUGCAGUAGUCAUGAAUGCUGAGGUCUUCAUCGUCAUCCUGAAGGAGGGUGUAACGUUUCACAGCAUCAUGCUUUUGCUCGUGCCCUGGAUAAUGCUCGUCUCUGGACAGGUGACGGCACGAGCAUUUGCCUUUGCAUUCAUUGCCGACACUUGUGUAGUGGGCUUCCUAUUGGUUGCUGCGUUCCUCUUCUUUCAUGUGGCUCUGAUGCUGAGGGGACAGACCACACGUGAGUGGUACUCCACACGGCAGCCUUACAAUCUGGGAGCACUGGUUAACAUCAGGGAAUGCUUGGGCAAGUACUGGUACAUCUGCUGGCUCUGUCCUUUGAUACCUUCCCCACUGCCUGGAGACGGCAUAAACUUCAAAGUGACUGGUUCAUUAGAGCCCAUGAAGUAGGGUGUGCACUGAUAGAUAUUUUCUCAUUACAAUUUGAAUACAUUGGCCCAGCUGAUGCAGAAUGGCACGUUGUUGAGCCUGAAGCAGCGGCUGGAUGCUGUGCUCACACAAAACAAUUAGCAGCUCUUACCAGCUAUUUUUUAUCUGAAGAGCCAGCAAGACAUGCUGAUUUCUGAUUUCACUCUACAAUUGUUUUUGCUCAUCAGCAGUUUUAAAGUUUUUAUUUGGUGUUAAUUUGGUGUAUGUAAAGUAAAUAUUUUAUUAUGCAUUUUUUCUUACUUGUUCUAUUGUGUAAUAUUUGCUUUUGUGAAGCAAACAAUUUUUUUGCAAGGGGGAGUAUUUUUUUCUGAGUGAAUUGUUUACUUGCUCUUUUUUUCUUUUCUUUUUCUUUUUUUUUUACAGUCAUUAAUGUGCCAAAUAAUUCGUUCAAACAAAUGUGAAUGUGCUACAUGCCAAGCUGUCAUUUUCUUUUGUCCUCAGUUAUAAAACACAUUUGUUAUUGUAUGGAACUGAAUAUUGGUUAUCUGAAGUCUUAUGUUUAAUUUGUUAUUUUGAAUCAGUACCUAUGCAUAUGUUAUCUUUCUUUAAAAUAAAUGGCAUUUGAUUUUAUUUUUUA